GGUACGUUUGUUGGGUGAAGAUCCUAUUUUCGACAAGCUGGCGCAGGCUGACAGUUGUGCCCUUCACCGCGAGAACCAGACUCGGGUGUUGCGCAACUGGACGAAAGAGAUGAAGGACAAGCCUCACUCGGAGAAGACCAAAGUGCUGUGUUUGGAAUUAGGUUGCGGCCUGGGAGCCCCUGCAGUGAGAACUGAACUGGAGAAGGUUAUGGAGAUGUUCCCUUCCUCCAGGUAUCUCCGGAUCAAUCGCGAGGAGGACAGCACUUUCCCUCGUCCUGAGUGGCGAGAUCGUACGGUCUCGGUGAAGGAUGGCGUCGACCAGGCCUUUGCAGCCAUGCAUGCGCAGAUCCUCCCAAAGGCCUUAGACAUGUGCCGCUUCGUGGUGAAGGAUCGCGGAUCAGCGUGUCGUGAUGUGCUGGCGCCCAGCAGCGUAACUCCCCUGCGUUUGCUCUACAUCUUGGAACGUGCAGGCAUCGGGAUGAACUUCGAGUUGGAUGAGUCCGGGCACCCUGCGGAGUCCUCCGUGCAGGUCUUCAUGCCGACAACUUCAACGCCUGAGUACUGCGAGAUCUCGGACUUUCUUCCGGCCAAGUCCUUCUGCCGCCCCACGGCACCGAUGAUGAAACGCACGACGCCGAUCAAGGAGGCCUUGGCAUCCUUCCAGUUCCUCCAUGUUCGCUUCAAGACCGAGGGGUAUUCCCGCUAUGUGCAGGAUCAACUCACCUGGUGCCGUGGCAUCUUAGAUGACCUGCUGAAAGCAUUGAACAAGCCUGAACUGCAAGCGGCCUUGAAGAGCAGGAUGGAUCGAAAAGGUAUAGCUGAUGUGGUGAAAAUCGUGCAGCAACAGGUGCUGCCUGCGCAUGGCCUGGGCACCGAGGAGAUUGAUUUGACGAGCCUACAAUGGAAGAUGUGGUUCUUUGGUUUCUUGGAUCCCGAAAACGAGAGACUGGCGGCUGAAGCACUGUCAUUGUCGAAAAUGAGGAUUUCGGGCCUCUUGCCAUGGAAGGCUCAGGCGAAGGCCAAAGUCAAGGUUGACGAAGCUGCACCACCCGUGGCGGCGGCCAAGAGCAAGGCGGUGACGGCCAAGGCCUCCGCUGCGCGACCUGCGAAGCCGGCGCCGGCUGCUGCGCAGCCUGCACCAACGAAGCCGGCGUCACCAGCGCCCGAUGUGGUGGAAGUGGUGGAGAUUCCCGAUGAACCGCUGGCCCCAAAGGUGAAAAGACGCGCAGGCGGUCGACCGAUGAUUGAAGCCCAUUCUCUGCUGGAAGUGGCAAGGGAGAAGGCCGCUGCCAAAGCCGCGGCGGACACAGCGGCACAAAGAGAGGUGGAGGAGAAGAAAGUUGCUGCAAAGGCGGCAGCGAAGGCCAAGAGCAAGGCUGCGGCUGAAGCCAAAAAGGCGGCAGCUGCAGCAAAGGCGAAGGCCAAGGCGGAGGCUCGUGCCAAGGCGCGCGCUGCCAAGGCGGCGAAGGCCGAGGCCAAGGCCGCGGCCAAGGCCGCAGCCAAGGCGGCGGCGGCUGCAGCGGAGGCCCCAGUGGAGGCCACAGCGCUUACCGCGGCAACCGCGGCGACUGCCGCGACCAUGGCGACUAUGGGCCCACCGCCAGUGCCGGUGAAGGCCAAGGCGCGCGCGGCCAAGCGAAAGGCAGACACUGAAAGGCUUGAAGCUGAGAACGCCGAGGCUUCGGACGGUGCUCCAGCGUGACGCCAAAAUGGAUGGAUGCCACAGCUGGGAGAUGGCUUAGUUCAAUG